CGGGCCGUUCUGUUGAUUGAACGAUGCCGUCAGAAGGAGCGGGCCGUUCUACGGGUUGAUUGAACGAUGACGUGGAGCCGCUGCGGCGGUGAAGCAGGCGGCGGUGCAAGACUGGCACAUGAGUGUAUGGUAUGACAUCAACAAACAAGAAGCGUGUCAUUCUGCCAACUCGGCCUGAGCCUCCAACUGUUGAACAGAUUUUGGAAGAUGUCAGAAGUGCCAGACUGGAUGAUCCAGUGUUCACGUUAUUCGUUGAAGGCAGUGAAGAGAUUGUGAGCCCAGGCCAAGCAGAAGUGUCAAUGCCAGAUGUGGAUUCUCAGUACCAGCAAAGCAGAGAGUAUGUUGAACUGAAUAGGCAUUUACAAAAGGAGCUCAGUGAGUUGGCAGCACAGUGUGAGCAGCUGAAGAAAGCAGGAGAUCAGCUUGACAUAAGUAUUUCUGAAAUUAAAGAUAAGAAUUUUCAAAACUAAGUUGUUUCAAGGAAUGGUUAUUAAAAUUAUGAUUAUAUUUUAACUGAUGGCACUCAAGAAAGCAGCAUCUUCUAAUGGACUACUUUCAAAGUUUGAGUAUGACUUCUCCCUCUGGUUUUGUGAAAUGGAUGAAGAAGUGGCGUUACAUAUUUCUGAGAUACUGCAUGAACAUGGGCAUAAAGGAUUUGUAGAACACCAGGACCAAGUGGGUGGAAGGCUAAUGAUUACAGAAAUUACCAAUGUUAUCCAGCAAAGCAAAGUCACCAUCAUCAUCCUAUCCCAGAACUCCCUGAAAAGCGGUUGGUGCCGAAGAGUAUCUGAGUGGAAUCUGCAGCAAUACAUAGAGAAGGGAAGCAAAGUUCUCCCUGUGUAUGUUGAUAUAGAGACUGUGCAAAUUCCUCUGACUUUAAGAUUCCUUAAUGGACUUAGUUACAGUUCCAGAUUCUUCAAAAAAAGAUUGUUGGACUGUCUGAAACCAAAAUGGAUAUCAUUCUGUAAACCUGCAUUACACAAAUAAAGUUUUAAGUAGAACAGGACAGAUAUCACUGGACUGUGGUUCAAAUUUGUGCUUUAAAUUGCAGUCAUCUCCAGAAAUGGAAACAGAUUGACAUUAUUUACAACUGUUUAACAUCAGAAUCAGGUUUAAUAUCCUUGUGAAAUUGUUCUGUAGCAGCAAUAUAUUAUAAUAACAUCUAUAAAUUAAAUUUAAAAUGGUUAUAAAUCAAGUAAAUAAGUAGUUAACAGAGAGGGAAAAGAAAUACUGAUGGUUCAUGGGUUCAUUGUCCAUUCCGAAAUCUGAUGGUGCAAGGGAAGAAGCUGUUCCUGAAACACUGAGUGUGUGUUUACAGGCUUUUGUACCUCCUCCUUGAUGGUAACAAUGAGAAGGGAGCAUGUCCUGGGGGAUGGGAGUCCUUAAUGAUGGAUACUGUAUUUUUGAAGCGUCACCUUUUGAAGGUAUCCUGGAUCCUGGAGAGGCUAGUGCCCGUGAUGGAGCUGGCUGAGUUUAUAACUUCCUGCAGCUUUUCCUGAUCUGUGCAGUGGCCCCUCCAUAUCAGACAGUGAUGCAACCAGUUAGAAUGCUUCCCAUGGUAUAUCUGCAGAAAUCUGCGAGUGUCUGGUGACAUUCCCGUUCAACUUCUGAUCCUUCAAUGAAGACUGGUGUGUGUACCUUUUCAACUUCCCCUUCUUAAAGUCCACAAUCAACUUCUUUGUCUUACUAGCAUUGAGUGCAAGGUUGGUGCUGUGACACCACUCAACCAGCUGGUUUAUCUCACUCCUAUACGCCUCCUUGUGAUCAUUUAAAAUCUGGGAACAACAGUUGUGUUAUCGGCAGAUUUAUGGAUGGUGUUUAACCUGUGAGUGUAGAGAGAGUAGAGCAGUGGGCUAAACACACAUCCUUGUUGUCAGUGAGGAGCAGAUGUUCUUUCUGAUCUGCAUAGACUGUGAUGUCCAGCUGCAGAGGGAGGGUACAGAGGCCCAGGUUUUGGAGCCAUGAUAUGAUUAUAUUGAAUGCUGAGCUAUAGUCAAUAAGUAACAGCCUGACAUGGGUGUUACUAUUGUCCAAGGUGAUCUAAAGCCGAGUGGAAGACCAGUGAGAUUGCAUCCACUGUAGACCUAUUGUGGGGUUAGGAGAAUUGCUAGAGGGCCAGGUCCUUGCUUAGAUGAGUUUUCUAACCUAACCUGCAGUAGAUAUUCUCACAAAUUUGUCAACAUUGGUCUUUCCCUUAAUCUGAUCUCCAAAGGUUUAUCAUAGCUCUCUAACUAAUUAUUAAUCCUUUUUUUCAUAAAAUGGAGAUUAUAACAACAUGCUUUCUGUACCUGUCUAGUAUUCUGAGAGAUGGGCUGAAUAAUAAUUUGUGACAAAGUAAUAAUUGUGAGCACAUCUACGUGAAACUCUGUCACAGGAAAGCAGCAUACAUAAUCAAGGACCCCCUAUCGCAGAGGUCAUGCUUUCUUCUCUCUGCUGCCAUCAGGAAGAAGGUACAGGAGCCUUAGGACUCGUACUACCAGGCUCAUGAACAGUUACUACCUCUCAACCAUCAGGUUCUUGAACCAAAGGGGAUAACUUCAUUCAACUUCACUUGCCCCAUCAUUGAAAUGUUCCCACAACCAAUAGAUUCACUUUCAAGAACUCCAUCUUACGUCCUUGAUAUUUAUUGUUUAAUUAUUAUUAUUAUUAUUUCUUUUGUAUUUGCAAAGUUUGUCUUCUGCACUGUAGAUGAACACCCUAGUUGGGAAGUCUUUCAUUGAUUCUGUUAUUUUUAUUCUAUAAAUUUAAUAUGUAUGCUCACAAGAAAAUGAAUCCCAGAGUUGUAUAUUGUGAUAUUAA